AUGACGAAUGAAUACAUACCAAUUCAAUUGGAAAACGUCCUGCUAAAACAAAGAGGCAGCAGCUCAAUUAAAGUAAUAGACUUCGGAAGCUCUUGCUACGCCAAUCAAAGGGUCUACACCUACAUCCAAUCACGUUUUUAUAGGUCGCCUGAGGUUAUUCUGGGUCUCACUUACGGCACUGCAAUUGAUAUGUGGAGCCUGGGUUGUAUUCUCGCGGAAUUGUACACCGGGUAUCCUUUAUUUCCUGGAGAAAAUGAAGUGGAGCAACUGGCCUGUCUUAUGGAAAUACUUGGAGCGCCCCCAGAUGACCUUAUCACGGUAGCGACUCGAAGAAGGUUGUUUUUCGAUUCUCGUGGCAAUCCCCGAUGUGUGACCAAUUCCAAGGGUAGGAAACGGAAGCCGGGAUCAAAAAACCUGGCGAUGGUUUUGCGUUGCAACGAUGGCAUGUUCAUCGAUUUCGUCUCUAGAUGUUUGGACUGGAAUCCCAAAAAAAGGAUGACGCCUAGUGAAGCACUGUGUCACUCUUGGAUCUUAUCCGGGUCAUCUUCGAAUAAAUCCAGCGAGCUGCGACACAGUCACUCGGAAGUGAACGUCGCUCAUGAGAGUCACUCGUCGGGGAGCAUAUCGGGCAGCAGUCACUCGCGAUCUCACUAUAAGUGCGUACUUCAAAAAAGUGAUAAAGUCAAGGCCAAAAUCAUAGACACGAGGUUAAGUAACGGGAAAUUAGACUCUAACUUGAACGACUCCGGUACGUUUCUACCCCCCAUACUCUAGUUUAUCUUUUAGUCUCGUUAUAGCCGACUAAUAAGUGAAGUGUAGAUCAACGAUGACAAUAGUUAAAGAGGUUAUUUAUUACGGUCAUUGGCGUGAUAUGUAAAUGGACCGUCGACAAUUCGUUAAAAAAAUGUUUAGAAGAAAAUCGAUUAAAAUUUGAUUUAUGUUACCACCGUAAUUGAUAAUUGGUAAAUUUAUCCGCAAUAGGUUGUUUAUGUUUUUUUUUCGUAAUUAGCCAACAUAACUGGUUGUUCACUUUCCAAUUUUACUGCGGACGCUCCAUUUGUAUAGCAAUUAAUGAUUAAGGUGUAGGUGUACCUCAUUUUUGGUAGUCUCUGACUAAAAGGGCCAAACGAAAAACGAUCUCUUUACGACCAAUUAGUUUAUUUGUAGGUUGUUUAAGUAUGCUGCCAUUGUUCUCCCGUUGGUUUUUUUAUCUUUGUAUGUAAUAGGUAUGGUAUUGUUUGAAGUUGCUACGUCUUGCGGAUAUAAACCAAGUCAAGCUAUUUCAUUUACCUAGAACGGGGCAAAUACUCCAUUAUUUUAGGAAUGUAGUUUAGUGGUCUCAGUUUCGCUCUCUUGUGACUUCGAUUGGAAAAAUGUAUUUUAUCCAUUAAUUAAUUCAUUAAGUUAAUCACGAAAAGGGAAUACAAAAACGAAAUCCUAUACAUGUUUCAGUCAAACUAAAUGAAAAAUAACCUUCACCUUAUUGGUGAAACCCUUUAAUUUAACUAAUAAAAAUUCAUAUUAUUCAAUCGAUCACUUGCAGAUAAUUGCAUUUAGACAAAAAUCUAUUUAAUCCGAAAGAUGUAGCGGCUUGUCCAUACACAAACAAGUAAUCACUAGGAAAACAUACCAAAACGUUUAAAUAAAUCUCUAACUUUAAGAUUCUAAAUUUUAUUAAAUUGUGUAUUCUAUUGAAGUUAAUAUUUCCUACACUGACUGACGUGUAAUUUUUUUUACGAGCUCAUCGGCGUAUAGCUACAGCCUCGAAUACAAACAAAACAAAGAUGACAAAUAUAACAAAGAAUACCAAGGUGAGUUGUAUUACUUGCGAUAACUCCGACUGCUGUUUCAAACAUUUCCUAAAAGGUUGUGAUAAACCUUUGGACCGGAAACUCCAUUGGAGGGUUCUAAGCAUGGGCCAUUAAAUUUCUCCAAUUCUAGUUUCGAAGGAAUUGCAAAAAUACGCUGUUAAGUAAUAGCUUGUUAUUCUCACUAGCUUUAGUUCCGUAUUUUUAAAAUAUUUGUUAUUUUCACUUCAAUAACCAAAAAUGAAUAGGGAGGAUAUUUUAUGAAUCGAAAAGUGAAAGUUCGUUUAUUUAUGUAUUUAUUUUUUGCUGCAUAAGCAAAAUUAAUUAAGCGCUUGGACGUAUCAGUGUUUUAAAGUAAUAUAAAGGAAUUAUGUUGCAUGUUUUAUCGUCAAUAAACUUCCUCAAGAAAAUAGGAUUUGAACAGGAAUAUGAAAAAAAAAAUGCUGUAGCUAUAUUCCCACGAGAUCGUAGUUGUUUAUAAAAAAAUAACACAUUAUAAAAUAUUCUUCGCUGCUGCCUGUUAGUUCUAGCAAAGCUCUAAGAAAACUAUUUUCUCAUCGGGAAUGCAGAUGCAAGAAGUCGCUGCAACAUUAUUCUAUAAGUUUCUCUUUUUGUUCCAAAAAGAACUUGUCGAUUUGUGUUUUGUUGCCUAGCGCAGUAGGUAAUGGUAAAUAGCUAGUUUAUUAAUCAGUUAUUGUUUUAGCAUGAGUAUAUAUGUAUUUAUAACGAGUGAAACAGUCUUUUAAGAAACUACCUUUUCGUGACGGCCGGUUCACACUACAAUACAAUGUAAAUUUUGAUCAAAUGUGAUUCAUAAAACUCUAAUUCGGCGCUUCUUUAGUAUUUAUAUACAAUAAGAGGCGAUGUAUUUUUAAUUGUUAUUCUGAAAGAAAAUUUAUAAUCAUUUUAACGUUAUACGAAAAGUAAAAAAAAAAUGGAUAAAUCAUCUCCAAUUGUGAUAAUAGAAAUAUUGAAUUAUUAAAAUAGAUUUUACAAUGAUUAUCAUCACUUUCAAUGUCUCUCGGUUAUUGGAAACGAUUAUUAAUGUUUAUAUAAACAAAUUAAUUCUUGUUAAGAUUAUAUUAUUAUUUGCGCGUCUCUGUAUUUUAGUUUAAUUUAAAAUUGACAUUAUUCUUAUUGUUGUUGUUAUAAGUUUCUUAAAUAAGACUGACAUAA